AUGAAUGUGAACUAUGAUCGUGUUUGUAGACUGUGCUUGUCAUCUAGAGGCGAAUUACUGCCGAUUUUUCCUACCACCAGUUCCGAUGACUCGGAACCUCCCGUCCUCGCUUUGAAAAUCAAGGAUUGUGUGUCCAUUCAGAUAAACGAAAAUGACGAUCUGCCCACUAAUGUCUGCAGGAAGUGUAUGGACAAUGUCAAUAACUGGCAUGUAUUUAAAACUGUUUGUGAAAGGACACAAAACAAACUACAGUCUCUAAAAGAUGGCAGCCAACUAGAAGAGGUGAAAAUAAAGAGUGAACCAUUAUCUGAUGAGGCUUAUGAUGAUGGAGUGGUCAUUGAUGGCUCAUAUCCUGUCAUUGAGAAUGCUGGCCUGUCAAACAAAGUGCAACCUGAAGGUCCCCCAAUCUUGGCUUCGUUGGGGCUCACACCAAGAAGUGAUAAGGGUGCGGAGAGUGAGAAUAAUGACGAAGACGAGGAAGAAACUAAUGAACCUGAACCUGCACAGACAUACCCGAAAGUGCCGCAUAUGCCGGAGGUGUCUAUCACAGUCAUGAGGCCUACCGGCGAAACCCUGCAUGCCCGUCAAGGUAUUCACCAGUUAGCCUCAAAAGACUGUCUAGUCUGUGGUCGCUCAUAUAGAUACUCUCAUAAUGCUCGUCGACAUGAACUUACCGCUCAUAGCUUCGACAGAUAUACAAACAAAAUUACGCCCAAGAAAACACUCACUCAUCUACAACCCAAACUCAGACCAAACCCAUUCAAUCCCAAAGCACGGAUGAUGCCGAAUCCUAUUAGUCAUAAGAUGCAAUUUUUAAACAAAAACAUCCCGGCCAAAAUUGUGCCGGCAAACAAAGUUAUAAAGCCUCAGAAACCCAUUCCAAUAAAGACGUUAAAAACGACGCCAAAUAAUUUGCCUUAUCCAUUACGUAUUAAAGCGCUCAAAGAUUUACAAACUAAGAAAAAGGAACCACAAAUUCUAAAGACCUUGUUAACCUCGAAACCUGAAGUUUUGGUUUCCGAACCAGAAAUUCUUAAUUCUGGUCCUGAAAGUCCGGAGACACUGAUUUCUGAGCCAGAAAUAGCAUCUUUCCAAGUCGAAGCUAUUCUGACUGAGCCGGACGCUGAUGCAUACGACCCACAAGAUGUACAGCAGGGCGACGAAGAAGGCGAUGAAGAUAUGAACAAUCAAAGUCAAAAUUAUGAUACUGUUGAUAUGGAUUCUGAAAACGAAAUAGAAAUUGCUCGUCAACAAGGAAUGGAGCAAGAUGGUGAAGACAAUGUUGACGGAGAAGAUAAUAUCGAGCAAGGUGACGAUGACAACAAUAUGGAAGGAGGUCAAAGCGACAACGAAAAAGAUGGCAAUGACGACACAGUAGAAAGUCAAGAGAACAUGGAAGAGGAGGACAGUAUGGAUGUUAAACCUGAAACUGAAGGUGAUAUGAAGGAUGAUGAGGGUCAAGAAGAUGGAGAACACGAGGAAUCUGAAAUGAAUCAUAAUGAGAACGAAGAGGAAGAUGAUGAUGACCUUCCAAUGUCAUUGGCACCCGUCGUUGAAAUUAAUGAAGGAAUUCAAGGUAAUUCGUUUAAUAGUGAAGUCAACGAAGAUGACGAAGAACUUGAUGAGACAGCCGACCCCAAUGAGACCCUUGACGAUGAAGAGCCCGAGCCCAAAGUACUUGAUCCUGACAAGACCUAUGUUACAAAAACUCAAAGAGAUUUCAUCCAGAAAUAUCGUGACAUCAUUCAACAAAUUAACACGAAACGUUGUUUAUGUUGCGACCGUGAACAUCCACGUAGGAAAGCCGUUAUACAACAUUUACAAAAGAACGGACACAAAGUGCCCAAACAUACUUGUUACAAUUGUGUCAUCACGUUCGGACAUAUCGGUGCCUUGCUAAGCCAUAUGAGGUCGAAUACGUGCACUAACUUGUGGAAGAUUAUUUACGAUGAAAAUGGUAUCACAGACGAUCAAGUACUGGAAGACGAACCUAAAGAAGUCAAGGUCCAAUACAAAGAUAUCUUUAACGCCAGAUCUUACGCCUGCAAGCUUUGCCCAGCCAAAUUCCAGCUUAAACAGUUUAUUAUGAAGCAUGUCUUAGAUACUCAUGAAGAUGGACAAUCCCGGGUGCCGCUUACCUGUGUCCACUGCCGUGCUAGAUUCAAAGAUAAAAGUUUACUUAAAAAACACAUCCGUAAAGGCGAUUGCACAGUUUAUGUAGCGUGCGACUUGUGUUCGGAAAAGUUCGUGAACAUGCAGGACUUUAACGAUCACGCUUUAGCCGUUCAUGCUGGCAGUUUCGAUCAAUCUGAUAACCAGAGCAAAUGUGUGGAUGGCCGACCAACUGACUGUCCACUAUGUGGAAAGAAAAACAGUAGCUAUCCUAAUUUAGUGAAACAUUUGAAGAUAAUACACAGUGAAGAGAAGCCUCAUUAUUGUCAGCAUUGUGAUGCUAAAUUUGAACAAGCUACAGAUCUGAAUAAACACAUUUACAUGGAGCAUUCUGAUAGAACUUUAGGCAUGGUUGCUGAACCAGACAUGUCUAUUGUGAAGGAAGAAGCAGAAGAGUAUCACUACUCGUGCACAGAAUGUAACGCUAUUUUCGAAACUGUCGAUGCAUGGACAGACCAUCAAGUGGCAGAACAUAAUCAAAUUGCCCACCAUUGCGACCAAUGUGAGAAGAAGUUCCUACGUCCCUCAGAGCUGGCAGAGCAUAAGAACACUCACUUGCGGGUUAAAUUCUACCCCUGCAGUGUGUGUCCGAACUCUUACGGCACUCCGCAGAAACUCUCUGAACACGUGCAAGAAGCACAUGCAGGUCUCGGUCCGGUUGUACCCACAGAGGCCGAAUUCUUCUGCGAUAUCUGCAUAAGAUCGUUCAAAAGCCGACAGGCUUAUUCAAAUCAUAUGCGCAUUCACGCUAAAGUACCUACUACUAACAGAAAGCCAGGUAUAGUUAAGGGCUCGGCACCUCAAAUUGUUGUUAAGCCCAUCAAGCAAUAUCCGGUGGCUCAACCUGGAUUUUCAUGGUUUAAACCUAAUUACAAUAUUCCUAACGCUCCAUACUCUUGUGACAUUUGUGGGAAAGGAUUCAUGCACAAGAAGAAUAUUUGGAAACAUAAGAAAGUUUUGCAUGCUGAUAUUUUGGCUGAUAGACAUGAUAGUGAAGAGAAUACCAUGCAAGCUUCCACGGAAGAGGAGGAAUUCAACCCAGACGAGAACGGUGCCAUUCUAUCUACGCCUCAAUUUAAUAGUUUUAAUUUCACAAAUUUCCCGAACAAUGUACAACAAUCAAAUACAGAAACAAUGCCAUACUCGUGUGAACUGUGCUUCAAACGUUUCCCACUUAAGACCAGUUUGUGGAAACACAAGCGUGCUAAACACGGAAUCGUAAAUCCUGGUACUAGUGGUAGCAAUGACACUACGACUCCAUCGGCUAGCGGCGGAGAAGGCAGUAGUAGGUCUAGCUGCACUAUAUGUAGAAUCACAUUUUCCGAUAAGAAAUCUUAUUAUCGCCACCGAAAAAAUGUUCACAAAUCUACAGUUCAAAUGUGCAAAAUAUGUGGUAAACCUCUAACUUCAACCUUAGAAUUAUAUGAACAUUUGAAAGCUGCGCACGCCAGAGAACUGUUGGGUUACAACGCUAAUCAAGGUUCCAGUAAAUCUCAAGAUAUACCUCAAGAAGUAGAACCUGAUUAUGAAAAUGAUCAGGAAUCUGCAGAUCCUAGUGUUGAUUAUCAGGCGCGAUACCCGUGUGACACGUGCGGCAAACAAUUUGUUGGUUUGUUAGCAUUACAAAACCACCAAUGUAUCAACCAACUUCCUGCUCAGCCGCAGACAUUUGACUGUGAGAUUUGUCAUAAGAGUUAUACAUCAAUUUCUGCACUAAAAAGUCAUCGUGGUUGGCAUUUACGUUCGCCUGAUGGUAAAGCAGCUGCCAACAAUUCUGGACUUUGGAUGCCUCAGCACAAAGUAACUAGUAAAAUAAGCAAACAUGAAGUUAUUGAUCCUUCACAACUUGCUAAGGUCACACAUACCUCAACACCUGUGAGUGCAAGUGUUGCUAAAAGAAGGCUACCGCCAGAAGUGGAAGUAACAGUUGUGAACCCGAAUAAGAAAUUACGAUCAGAUGACUCAGUGGACAUGGAUACGCAAAACUCUGGUUCCAUUGAGGAUAGGUACUGUACGAUUUGUGACAAAGAGUUUACGAAACGGGCGGCAUACCAACGUCACAUGGAUGAGGUGCAUCAACCUAAUUCUGUAUUUUGUCCGGUCUGUGAUAAGAGCUUUACAAGAAAGUCGACGUUGCUUAUUCAUAUGAAGAAGCAUUAUGAGAGUGGUGAAGGUAGUUCUUCGGCCACGGGCCAAGGGGACGAUGAUAUGUUCUCUUGUGAUUUGUGUGGCGCCCAGUAUGAUAGUGAUGAAGCGUUGAGAGCGCAUCGAGCGAGGCAUCAUGGUGAAGAAGAAGAAUCUGCGGAAGAGAGUGACGACGGAAAUGUUCCUGUGCCUCCACCAGGAGAAUUCACUUGUGCACAAUGUGGUGAUGGCGUGGCCACUCCCCGAGACCUCAUCGCCCACCGCACUAUGCAUGCCACACCCACCAAAUUCUUCUGUAAUAUUUGUAAAGUGUAUUUCGCUCGAGCGCUGGACUUGUCGUCGCACACACGUGCGCGACACGCCGACAACGAAAAAGUUUUUUUCCCGUGUGCCAUGUGCGAUAGGUUUUAUAUGAACAAAAAGAGCUUACAGCGGCACAUCGAAAUGGCUCACUGA